AUGGAGAGCCAAGAAGAAAUGCUCAACUCAAAUGGCACCAUCGAAGAGCUGGAAGCGAUUAUCUCGCGAAUGCCUCCCGUGAACCGCUCGACGUUGCUCUUUCUGUUCAAAUUCCUCAACGACGUCGCGAAGAACACGGAGAAUCACAUGACCGCUUCCUCCCUCGCGAUUUGCAUCGGCCCGAGUCUUUUCAGAAUCGGCAGUUCUGAUGCUGAUGCACUGAAAACGACGAAUAAGACGAACGAAAUUGCAAAUAAAUGCAUUAAACAAUUCCCGAAGCUGUUUACUCCUGUGGGUGCAAAUAAUGGAGAGAAGGAAAUUGUCAAGAUGAGCUCGAUAUCGUCUCCAAGGCAUGUUAAAAAAUCAAGUAUGGCGAGUUUGACGCCUCCAACGACUCCAUCUCCGAGUCCUUCUCCUAAGUCUAAGAAGUACUCCGUCGCUACCUCUUCUUCGAUAGAACUGAUCGUCAAAAACCGCCUCGAUGAAAUUCUGAGCGGAGAUGGCGAUGAAACUCUUGAUGUCUUUUCAAAGCCGGAAGAGAAUCACCCAAGACUUCCAACGCUCACGAGGUCCGCCCCUCUGAGAGGUUCAAAGCGACGGCCUAGUCGGAAGCAUCGAGAAGAUCGCGCUCUAAAUGGCUCGGCGGAACUGCACUCGAGUGAUAAGAGCAACUCUCAAGAAAUACUGGAGGGCGGGUCAAGCGCGUACGAGCGGCUCAAGGAGGGAGAUAAUCUAGAAGGCUGGCGAAGCUCGCCGGCUAUCAGUCGCUCCUCCACCGCCGACAUGCUCAAUUUCGCCAGCGCUGAUAAUGAUAACAACGCCAAACACAGCGCAACGAGUGAUAACGCCGCGCCCGCUGAGCUCUCCGAGGAAAAACCCCCGCUCGAAGAAAAAGAAACAGACAAAAAUAUUAAGAAAGAAAAGACACCUAUCGAAUCUACUCGUAUUCCUUCAGCACCAUCCAAAACCGACGACUUGCCAUAUGCCGAUGCAGAUCCAACUCCUAACGAAGCGCCAGUGAAAGCCGACGUGGACGGUGGUAACUCUAAACUCGAAAAACUCGAUCUUCCAAAGCUCGAUCUCUCUGGCGUCUCUGCGAAUUCCGAUGAAAAGAUUCAACCCGAGACGAAGACUCAGGAGCCAGCCCCAGUCUCUCCCAAAUCGAUAAUUCGAGAAGAAAUAGAAGGGAAUCAUAUUGAGAGCCCAUCAAAUCUGAUGACCGUUUCUCCCAAGCAAAUUCAUAAAACGGAGCCCAACACUGCUGUCUCCAGCCUCGCAAAUACCCCUGCUACCUCACCAGAGCCUAAAGUUCAAGGACAAAAGUCCCCCGAUGUGCCAGCAGUUAUCACGGAAAAACAAGAAACGCCAGUUAUGCCUCGAAAAGCUUCGAAAAAGCGCAGCAAGAGAAUCUCCAGCGAUUCCCGCCGCCGUAAAAAGAUUCGGAAGAGAAAACGAGCCAUCAUGUUCGCUCGCAAAGUGAUCAACAUAAAUCGAAUUCGCGAGGAGAAGUCCGAACUACAGAGAGAGCUUCUUUUACUCGAAUCACAGUUCGGCAGGCCGUCGACCAGCUCUGAAAGACAGGCUUGCAGGGCGAUUUACUCGAGAUACAGGGAGCUCAAGCGAAAAGUUCAACAAUAUGAAUCAAGAUCUGUGAUGGACAAAGAAUCAUUUCUCCGUGAAGUCGAAAGUGAAAUCUCCAAGAUCGAGCUGGAUCGACGCGAUCUCGCCCGCUCAAUCCGAACCUGGGAGUCUCGCCAUCGUUCAGAACACUCACGAAGCCCGAACUCGGAAGAGAAGCAAAACAAUCCCGACUACACGCGCUACCGACAUCUCAAGUCGCGGCGAUAUUUCCUCCAAGAGCUUCAGCAACAAAUGGCGCCUCAAAGUUUCACUGUUUAA